AACAGGGGCAUCAAGAAGGUAAAGUGGAAUGAGACGGAGUGACAGAGAAAGGGAGAGCGACGGGAGGAGAGUAGAAUAGAGGGAGGGAGGGUUUAGAUACAAGUAAGCUGCCCUCUCUUCUUCCACCACAUCUCGGUCUGUGAGCACUGGAGCACAGCGUGAGAUCUGGAGUGCAUUCCCGACAUGUACACCUGUGAGCCCUGCUCGUUCAUUCAGGGAUGCAGCGUGCACGUAUGAAUGACGGGGGGACACCUUUGAGACGAUAACGUGCAGCAGAGAGUGUUUUUAAAAAAAAUCUGUCUUGGUGAGAUCAUCUAAGCUCGGAGGCGGAGGCAGCGGAGGAGACGGCGACAUGCAGAGAAGUGGAUGCUGAGCUGCUUCCAGUCUUCAGUUAAGGGGCUGGCACUGAGGACGCGACCCUACCCGAGGAUUGGAUAGCUGCGAAAGGCUGUGAACAAAAUCCGCUACUUGUCACCCCCCCGACUCUGCUGCUCAUAUCUGCGCCAAGCACGCUCUCCGACCCCGGGAAGAGAACUUGAUGGAUACUUCUGUUCAUCACAGCUGACACAUCAAGGGCCCCGGCAGCAUUAUCAGCACCUUCAUCAUUGACACGGCACAACAGGAUUAGACUGUGUGACGAAAGUGGAUCAUCACUCAUAUCUGGAUAUCCCUCUUCAUACAGAGACUACCAGUCCUUGAAGCGACCAUGUGUGUUGCCUAUAAACAUAGGUAGUGACAUGACUCCGGUCUGACCCUGGAGAUGCCGAAGAGACGAGACAUCGUCGCCAUUGUGUUGAUCGUGUUGCCUUGGACACUGCUCAUCACUGUUUGGCACCAGAGCACCAUCACUCCUCUGCUCGCCACUCAAAAGGAUGACAGACGUGACGGUCGCUCCAACUCCAGAAAUACUUUUGCUUUCAAGGAGUCCUGCUCGCUUCAGAACCGGGACAUCGUGGAGGUGGUGCGCACCGAGUAUGUGUACAGCCGGCCUCCGCCCUGGUCUGACAUCCUGUCCACCAUCCACGUCAUCACUCCCACCUACAGCCGGCCGGUGCAGAAGGCAGAGCUGACGCGUCUGGCCAACACUUUGCUGCACGUCCCCAACUUGCACUGGAUCCUGGUGGAGGACUCCCAGAGGAGGACCACUCUUGUCACCCAUCUCCUCCGGGACAUGGGACUCAACUACACCCACCUGAAUGUGGAGACGCCUAGGAACUAUAAGAUACGUGGGGACACAAGGGACCCCCGAAUACCUCGGGGUACGAUACAGAGGAACCUGGCCCUGCGGUGGCUUCGGGAGACCUUCAACGUAAACAGCAGUCAGCCUGGGAUUGUCUACUUUGCAGACGAUGACAACACAUACAGUCUGGAGCUGUUUGAGGAGAUGCGUUCCACCAAAAAGGUGUCAGUGUGGCCUGUGGCCUUUGUGGGCGGCUUGCGGUACGAGUCCCCUAAGGUGAACACUCUGGGCAAGGUGUACGGCUGGAAGACGGUGUUCGACCCACACCGGCCCUUUGCCAUCGACAUGGCUGGGUUUGCAGUGAACCUGCGCCUCAUUCUGUCUAAACCUCAGGCUUAUUUCAAGUUACGCGGAGUGAAGGGAGGUUAUCAGGAGAGCAGUUUAUUAAAGGAGCUGGUCACUCUCGGCGACUUGGAGCCUAAAGCUGCUAACUGCACUAAGGUAUUAGUAUGGCACACACGGACGGAGAAGCCUGUGCUGGUAAAUGAGGGCAAGAAAGGAUUUACAGACUCUAACGUGGAGAUAUGACAUACUCCGUCUGACGCAGGGGGAGGCGUCUCUCCGUGGGGGUUCUAUGUGGAUUCAAAACCAACCUCUCAGCUCCUUUAUAGUAAUAGCCAGGGUCAAAAAUCUUAUCACAGCUCUGUAGCUGUGAUACCCAGGAGACAGCACAAGCCAUGUGCGUGAAACCGACCGCAGGGUAUCAAAGCACAACUGCACAAAAAAUACAAAAACAAGCCGGCCUGUUCUGCACGGGGCACUGCUUGAUGCGAGAAACUGGUAGGAGCUGCCAAAAGGGAGCUUGCCCCACUGAGGUCUCCUCGGAGAGUUGAGACAAAGGAUGGCUGCGGGAAGAGAUGGCACGGCGAGCAAUAAAGAGCCCUCCAAAGCGCAGACAACACCAGCCAACCAUCCAGUUAGCAUUAAAUUGGACCCUUUUGUUCCGACGCGAGCAGGCUGUCGGGCACAGGGCUGCACAGGAGGAAUAAAAGGGGUCCUUGUCUUAAGUGAGUCAGCACUGACUGACAGACCGAACUGAGGGGAUCUGAGCCCCCCUCCCCAUUUGUACUGUACAACACUGAGCUAUUUAUAUAGCACCCCGAACCCAGCACUAAUUAAGAGUCCUGUUACUCCUCACACAUGCUCAGCUGUCACACACACACACACACACACACACACACACACGGGUCCUCAAAGACACAGAGCAAUGUAACAGCGAUGUCCUCUCACAGUCAUUUACUCUUGUUUAUCCCAGAUAUGCUGUAACAAUACUGAGGUGUACUCAUAUUUAAGACUUCACAAGCCUCUGUAGACGCUUUUGAGUGAGCUGAAGUAUUAUUUAUUGUUUCUGAACAUUCACUUGUUAGUCGUGAGCUACGCUAAUGGGACAUGAGGGCAUUACUCUUUAAAAAAAACUGGAUGUGCAUCCGUUCAAAUGGCUGUAUGACACACACGUCAAAUUAUUCCCACCGCGGUUGGGCUGGCUGGCUUGCAAGUGAUGAUUUCAUACACAGUUGACCUGCAGUGGCAACGCUUAAAAAAAGUAAUGUUCUCUGUUAAAGGUUGGUUAUCGAUGCACACACGUGAAACCUGAUGUUGUUACGAUGCUGCUUGUGUUUCCUCAGAUGUGUGUCCGUUUCAGCUGCUGCAUUCUGCAGAAUAUUCACACGAGCAAUACGAAUCUAACAACAGUAUCGACUUAUAACUGCCACCCACACGCAGGCACGGUUAACUUUAACUGGGUAAGAGGAUAUACUUGGUUAUUCUGCUCUAUGUGUGAAAAGUCACUGUAACUAAAGGUACUGUAUGUACAUAGCUAUAAAAUGCUCCCAUACAAAAA